AUGGCAGAGGGAGACAAGUCUGCCAAGAAGAAGAAGCACGGGAGCCGGAACCCGGUUCUGGCCCGGGGCAUCGGACGCUACUCCCGUUCCGCUAUGUAUGCUCGUAGGGCCAUGUACAAGAGGAAGACCAAGACCACUGAGACCAAGAUGGAGAAGAAGAUUAAGAUUAAGGCUAAGGCCACUGUCAUCAAGACUGUUGGAGGAGACAAGAAUGGAGGCACUCGUGUUGUCAAGCUGCGCAAGAUGCCCCGUUACUACCCCACAGAGGAUGUUCCUCGCAAACUGAAGAGCCACGGAAAGAAGCCUUUCAGCCAGCACAAGAGGAACCUUCGUAGCAGCAUCACCCCAGGCACUGUCCUCAUCUUGCUUACUGGGCGUCACCGCGGAAAGCGUGUGGUGUUCCUGAAGCAGCUCUCCAGUGGUCUCCUGCUUGUCACUGGCCCUCUAGCCCUGAACAGAGUCCCCCUGCGCAGGGCUCACCAGAAGUUUGUCAUCGCCACCAACACAAAAGUUGACAUCUCUGGCAUGAAGAUCCCCAAAACUCUGAACGACGCCUACUUCAAGAAGAAGAAGCUGAGGAGGCCGCGUCACCAGGAGGGAGAGAUCUUUGACACAGAGAAAGAGAAGUACCAGCUGACAGAACAGAGGAAGGAGGACCAGAAGGCUGUGGACUCCCAGCUCCUGCCCCUCAUUAAGAAAGUCCCUCAGCUGAAGGGAUACCUGCGCUCCUCCUUCUGCCUGUCCAAUGGCGUCUACCCACACAAGCUGGUUUUCUAAAUGUGUUGUAAUAAACAGUACCAUGGUAACG